AUGUCCUCCCAAGAGCAAACGAGACUCAAUAUCAAGAUCCUUCUCGUCGGCGACGCCCGGACUGGAAAGGAAUCCCGUGAGUCGCUCAUGCGGCGCUUCACCGAAAACGUUUUUGACCCCGCCCAUCGGGAUGUCGGCUGCACAAUGCGGCCCCUGGACAUUGAGGGGAAGCACAUAAAUGCUCAGAUAUUCACCCGCCCCACAUGGUUGGUGCAUCCAACACCCGCUAUUGCUCUCAUUAAACCAUCCUUCCUUAGCGUGGGGAGAUUUCACGUGCCCAGCUUGUACUAUUACACGUCGAGCGUCUGCAUCGUUUACGACGUCUGUCAGCGCCACACCUUCUCCCAAAUCGAAGAUAGAUGGCUUGGAGAGAUAUCCCGUGUCCAGGCGGAAUAUCUGCCCCCGUCCCCGAUACCAAUGCGCCUCUACCUCGUCGGGAACAAGACCGACCGCGAAGCCGAGCGGGAAGUCUCCACCGAGGAAGGCGCUGCACUGGCUGCACGCUGUAAUAUGGUGUUUGCCGAAACAAGUGCGCUGGACGGGAGUGGGGUCGAGGACCUGUUUAUGACUGUGUUCACUCAAAUCUGUCAUGAUGUGGAUUCAACUACUCGUAGCGAGGGCUGGGGCUGUCACAUACAGUAA